AUGGCGUCGGAGUCGGCAGCGGAGUCAACGCUGGACUCAGUGGAGCGGGAAGCGCUGCAGGAAGGACAAGAAGUUGUACAGAAGCCUCAAGACCUUAAUCACGACACAGACACGGACACGAACGACGCGGUUGUGGUCGAGGAGUCCCAGGCGCAGCGGCAGCAGCAAGAUUCGACGACAAAGGCUAGUGGCGAGGGCGUGAAUGAGAAUGAGACUGAGAAUCAGAGAGGAUCAACGGUGCAGGAAUCUGUGCAGCAACUGACGCCUAAGUCGAGUCCGUCGCAGCAGAGGACGGCGCUCCUCCCACCGCCGCCAACUCUACGUACAAGCAAGAGUGUGCCCGAUGCGGAGAUGAAGGGUACGGGAUAUGGAGACUAUGGAAUUCGAUUGGAGAAGUCGUUCGCAGGCUUUGAGCAGGGCGAUGGCAAUACGCAGCAGUGGUCUUCGCAGGAUGUGAUAAAUGCUAGCCGGCUAACAGCGACACCUCAGAGGCCUGACACAGGUGGUGAAACGCAGCUCACGAACCGAACACCGCAUACCCUCCAAUCCGGAGAUGCGGGCCAUAUCAACUUUAAUUACUUCAAAGGCAGUUCGCCGAGCAGUGAUGCCGUCUUCCUUCGAGAUGACACGCAAGCACCGUCGCAGCUCCAGAGGACUCCUGCGCCCUUUCCACGACAGCCGAGUGACUUGCUCACGUCUGGAGCUACUGCGAAGACGCCUGGCUUCACACAGGCGUUUGGAUUUGAAAAAGGCACAAACACGGGCAUGACAGGUACGCAGAUGUUUGCGCAAACACAGCAGCCUUCCUCAGAUCUGCCACUGCCUCUAUACUCCGAUCCAAUCGACCAUCGACCAGACUUCGAGCAGCCUCCUUCGUCGCCGCCGCCCACAUUGUCCUCUACCCCUGCAAUGCCUAGAAGACCGGCUUCAGCUGGAGGCGAGCCGCGGAGUGACGUCUUGACCAGAGAGGCGGAGAGGAGGAUCAAAGCUGACGCAAAGGCACAAGAGUUUGCCAGGUUGCAAGAACGGGCCGAUCAAUUCGAGCAUGAUGAUCUUUCGGAUGACACUGCGGAUCGAAUUUGGCGGGCAAGAAUAAAUAAAGCAGCACAGAGGAGCGACAACCACGCCUUGGACAGGGUCAGGGCGCCAUCCCGGACGGGCUCUCGACCUGGCUCUGCUCGCAAAAGACGACACAAUGAGCCUAUUGACCUUAGAACGCCCGCUACAGUUCGCAAGAAUUUUGACCCACUUAUUGAAGAUCUGAUGCAAGAUGAAGAGACUGAUGAUGAGCAAGAACUGCCCGAGCAUCCAGCAGAGAACAUUCAGCAUAGCGAACACGAUGAUCCGGAUGCAGACAUGGGCGACGAUGAACAAUUUCCCGACGAUAAUGAUGAAAAUGAGCCGGACAAUGGCAGCGUCAAUGAUGAAUACGAUGAACUUUCCGGCGUAAUUCGUGCAAGCCAGGCAAAUCUGGACGAUCACUUGGAACAUGACUCGGUUAAUGGUAGUGUUGGUCCUGAGAACGACGUGGAGAUGCUAGACAAUCAGCGGGAGCCAGAUGAACAAGGCAGCGUGAAAGCCGGACAAGAUAGCGUUCCUCAUCAGCAAGUGCCCGAGAGCACAAAUCAUUCAACUGUGGCAGACUCUCAGCCGAUGCAAGACCAGCCUGCGCCCGUACAGCAUGCUGUGCCAUCAUCCAACGUAUCUCGUAUCCCUGGCUCGCAAUACAAGGCUCGGGAAGGGCAGGAAAUGGCGGCCCCUUCAAAUACCGGUGGAGGCCGAGACGCAGCCUCACAACAGCAUCAUAGCCACGUCGAAGAGGAGAAGAUUCCAAGCAGCCCGCCUCUUCAGACUGCAGGCAGCACGAUACCUCACGAUUCAGCUGAGGCGUCGUUGCUUAGGCAAAAGAUGCUGGAUCAGUUUCAAGCGCGAACGGAAUCGACUGAAGAUGGGUCGACUGCCCAGCCUGAGAUUCCCGAAAGCGAUCGGCCAACUGCUGAAGCUUCCGAACAGAGUGAGAGCCUUCAAGCGCCAUUCUCGACAGCACGAACGCACGUCUCAGCAUCAGCUCAAUCGCCAAACAGGGCAUUUGCGGCACAGUCACCGAUCAAGCCGGUCCAGAGUCAACAUAGCAGGAGCACUGAUGAGACUCCUCGGAAGCGUGCAGGCGUUCUUCAUUUCUCGGAUAUCUCUAAGGCCCAGUUGAAAACGAAUCCUAGCUUCGAGUCGCAGGACGUCAACAACGAUAUAGAUGAGGUUAUGAACGGCGUCUAUACUGAAGGUGACAAGUCCUUCCAGCAGCACAUGUCGUCGCCUGAGCGACCUAGAACGAAGCAUCCAAAGCUCACACACACGUCUUCGUCAUUGAGCUCCUCGUCGUUGGCCCGGCCUCCUUCACUCAGACCGGAGCGAUCUGUGGUGGAUGGUGGCAUCCAGUAUCCUACCGUUGUCGCGGCAAAGGAAGUUACGCAAGACCAAGGGGCAGGCUUUGCACGACCGCUGAAACCAGAACCUGUGCUUGACGGGCAGGAGCAUGAUGGCAUGGAGGUAGACGUCGCACAGCCGGACGACACAUCUGCAGAAAUUGCGGAAUCAGAGGCAGCGGCUCCUUCGCCCCCUGCAGCUCUUAGGGAGAGCCCGAGCAAGGCGAAUAAGCUUCCGACUCCAACCAUCAACUCAAGCCCGAAAGACAAGAAUCGCCAAGACACCUCCGAGAGUGUGCGUGAGAGGGAGGAAGCCGGUCGAGCUGCUGUUUCUCAACUCGUCUCUGCUAGGUCUACGGUAUCUGCUAAGCGCGCAAAGCCUACCACCUACGGAAGAACGAGCAGGCGGAAGCCAUCUACAGCAACUUCUAAAGCUAGAGGAAGGGCUCGGAGUACGAGGCACACUACCCCGGCAGCAAGCGAGCAUGAAGAUGAAGCCCAGACAGGAUGUCAGGUUGACGAAAUGGCUGUCGACCAAACAUCUGCAGAUCCCCUGCCCCAAGCAGAAGACCAUGAGGCGGAUGAAUUUGCAGGUAGUGACACUACGAAGAUCGUGGCUCCUGAACGAGUUUUUGCUUUGUUCAAGGGCACUCCUCAGAACUUCUACCCAGCCACAUGCCUUGGCGGAUCUGCUGAUGGAAUGGCUUACAAGAUCAAGUUUGACGACGGCACAAGCACGAACAUCGACACACAGCAUGUGCGCCGUCUGGAGCUGCGCAUUGGCGAUGUUGUCAAGGUGGACGAUCCUGAGAUGCGUAGGAAGAACUGGCGCAUCAAUGGGUUUGGAAGUGUCGCAACAUCGCAAGACGACACUGAGCUCGGCACCGAUGUCUACGGCCACACACGGCUCAAAGUUCAGGUGUCGCAUAAUCGGACUAGCAUGGCAGGUCCGUCGUCCACUCCUGCCGAUGAUGGGGAUAUCAAAGAAGUGCUCGUCAAUACUGUGUACAUCACGCCAACGAUGUGGCCGCAGUAUAAGGACCGAACAUUCUCCCCGUUUAAAACGAGCAAAAGCGUUGGGGAAAGGGCUGAGACUCCAUCUACUCGCUCGAACACUCCUGUGGUCGAAACUCCAGCUUCACGCUCCCGACGUACCCCUGCGCCAGGCGGUAAAGCUAAGGUAGCUGGUGGCAGACCUUCACAUCUGCGAGAGACGUCUGUGGCGCCUUCAUCGUCCGCUGGCACUUCAUCUGGAAUAUUCAGCAAUAUGGCAUUCGCUAUCUCAUUCGUGCACGACAGCCCUGAGAAGGCUGAAGUCACGCAAGCGAUCAAAGGCCAUGGCGGUGCCGUGCUAGAUGUUGGCUUCGAAGAACUUUUCGAGCUCCCAAGUCUCGAUGGGGCCGCAGCCACGCCUCCAUCCAAGAAGUCACCGCGAAAGCAGGCCAACGAGGGAAAUGCGACCUCCCGACUCCAGCUUCAGGACAAAUACAAGAACAUCCGCUUCGCAGCAUGCAUUUCCGAUAAACACAGCAGAAGAGCCAAAUACAUCCAAGCCCUCGCACUCGGUCUGCCCACGAUCUCGGGACGAUGGAUCACCCACUGCUUGGACGCAAACAAAAACCGCAGUCUGAGCAGCGGCGAAGUCACCGCGAUACCCUGGGACAGAUACCUCCUCCCCGCCGGCGAGAGCAUCUUCCUCGGGGGCUCGAUUCGCUCACGAACUCUUACACCAUACGACUCCUCGACUGCCCAACUUGCAAUCACAAUCUCCUCCCGCGCCAAGCUCCUCAACGGCGAAGGUCUCCUCAUUGUCGCCCCACGCAAAGGCGGCGGCAACGAAGAGAAACGCAAGACUUUCGCAUUCCUUACGCUCGCGUUGGGUGCAGGCCAGGUCAAGCGAGUGGCGGAUUUCGGUGUUGCGAAGAAACUUGUGGCUGAAAACGAAGGUGUUUGGAAAUGGAUUUAUGCUGAUGGGAGUAUUUUCGAAGAUGCCAAAGGUGAGAUCUUUGGCAGUGGGAAGAGUGCUACUGCUGCUGGCAAGAAGAGGAAGAGGUCUGACGAUGAAGGUAGUGGCAAGAUGUUUGCUACUGAUGGAAAGGUCAAACUUGUCAAUGAUGAGUUUGUGAUUCAGAGUUUGAUUUUGGGGGCUUUGGCGGAGGAUUAAGGGGGGGAAAGGCAUGGCGCUUGAAAUGGCUUUGAUGAUGGUACAUGAACUCGAAGAUACCCGGACUGGCUGGUGCAUAUGGAUGACUGGCUGGUGCAUAUGAAUGAACCCGGCUGGUGUCGCCGCAAGUUUGCUGUACAAAUCUGUAUGAAUUACAUUGACUCGCUCACAUGAUGCUGAGCCACGUGUGCUCCCUCCCUCGCUCAAUCGACUCUUCUCGUUCUUAUCAGACUAAGAAGAAGCAGCGCUCCCUGUACGACGAGACAAACCCUGGCUACCAUCUCAUACAUUGGCCUCUCUCACAUAUCUCUAGGCAUCUCUCCCUUCCACAACCCGAAUCAAAACCUCCCCAAUCUCAUCUCAUCCACGAUUCCAGCAUUCCAUCUUCUCAGCUCUUACUAAAUCAUCUCAACCCCAGAGGCUGCAAAACCCUCUCCCUCGCCGCCCUCGCCGCAACCUCACCACCCUGCUGCAUGGCCAGCGCCCCCACAAUGGAAAAAACCGUAUGCGCAAGCACGCUCUCCUGACCACUGGCCUUCAAAUCAUCAGAACGUCUCGGCUUCCAUCGUAUCACCUUAUCCAAACCAUAUUGCAUGGCGAGCGUGGAAAGCCGACGAGAGUUUACUAUUCGGAGUUUUGUGGCUUGCGUGACGUUUUCUAACCCUGUGAGGGCCGGGUGGGCGAAGACUUCGGAUUUGGGGUAAGAGGGAUUUUGGGGGGAUGGAGCGGAUAAGAGGGCUAUAGAGGUUUGGAGGUCCAAUAUGCGCUUGCCCAGGUAGGCGAGACGGUCGUUGAAGCCUUGGUUUCCGUGCGAGUGGGAUUUGUGGGUUAUUGCUGUCCACU